CCGUCCCCGCCCUUUUUUAAAAAGCCGAAUCUCCUCUUCCCAUGGCCAAAACCCUACCUCCCCAAACCCUAAUCCUCUCGUCCGAUCCCCCAAUCUCCUUCUCUUCUCUCCAACGUGGUCGAAUUCCCCUCUCCGUGGUUUCGCAAACGUAAAGCGCGAGAUCGAUCGAUCGAUCGCCUUAUAGUUCAAUAAUAAUGGGGGAGGUCCCCUCCUCCUCCUCCUCCUCCUCCUCCUCCUCCUCCAUGGGAAGGUACCUGGGAAACCACCAUCAACGACGAUGGUGGAUUCGCCUGCACCUCUCCUCCCUAGGGACCGGGACCUUGCUCAUGGCGCUUUGGGUGGUGCUGUUCGUGUCGCUUUUCGCGUGGCAGAUCGGGUCUUUCUCCGGGUUUAGGGUUUUCGAGAGCGCGCCGCCGCUUGCGACGCCGAUACCGUUGUUGAGGCCGGUGGCGUACAAUUUGACGGACUUCGGAGGCGUCGGCGAUGGGAGGACGCUGAAUACAGAGGCGUUCGAGCGCGCCGUGAGGGCGAUUGCAGAGCUCGAGCGGGUGGGUGGAGGGCAGCUCAAUGUGCCGCCCGGGCAGUGGCUCACCUCGCCCUUCAAUCUCACGAGCCAUAUGACUCUGUUCCUUGCUGAGGGUGCCGAAAUUCUUGGGAUACAGAAUGUGGAUUAUUGGCCGUUGAUGCCUCCAUUGCCAUCAUAUGGUCAUGGAAGGGAACAAAAAGGACCUCGAUACGGAAGCCUUAUUCAUGGUCAGCAUUUGACGGAUGUGGUUAUAACAGGACAUAAUGGUACAAUAAAUGGACAAGGUCAAGCUUGGUGGACAAAAUUUCAAAAAAAGCUUCUCCGGUACACAAGGGGUCCUCUUGUACAGCUCAUGUGGUCGAGCAACAUCAUCAUUUCCAACAUUACUCUACGUGACUCUCCUUUCUGGACUCUUCAUCCCUACGAUUGCAAGAAUGUAACUAUCGCAAAUCUCACCAUCUUGGCUCCGGUUUCUGGAGCUCCAAACACAGAUGGAAUAGAUCCAGAUUCUUGUCAGGAUAUGGUGAUUGAGAAUUGUUAUAUAUCUGUUGGCGAUGAUGCAAUAGCUAUAAAGAGUGGUUGGGAUCACUAUGGAAUAGCAUAUGGGCGCCCCUCUACCAAUAUUUUAAUCCGUGAUCUAAUAGUUCGUUCCGAAGUGAGUGCUGGGAUCUCAAUAGGCAGUGAGAUGUCUGGUGGAGUUUCAAAUAUCACAGUGGAAAAUGUUCGUUUCUGGGACUCAAAGAGAGGCGUAAGGAUAAAGACCGCCCCCGGGAGGGGAGGCUAUAUUCAGAACAUUUCCUACCGUAAUCUAACCUUCGACAACGUCCGCAUCGGUAUUAUGGCAAGGACUGACUACAAUGAGCACCCUGAUGAUGGUUUCGACCCGAAAGAUCUCCCUGUCCUGGAGAAUAUAUCCUUCAAAGGGAUCUACGGACGUGGCGUACGGAUUCCCGUUAUGAUGUUCGGUAGUAAAGAAAUCCCCAUUAAGGAUGUUACCUUUUGGGAUAUGAAGGUGGGGAUAACCUACAAGAAGAAGAAUAUCUUUCGAUGCGGCUUUGUCGAGGGUCGAGCGAUUGGUCCCAUAUUCCCUGCACCCUGUGAUAACUUCGAUCUGUUCAGUUCAGAUGGUCGGCUUGUUAGGCCAUCAGUGUCAAGGAAUUUUGCGGAUGUGCUUCCGGGCCCACAGAACAACGCAGAUGCCGAUGACGAUGCUUGAAGAACAAAGGAAAAAAAUGAGCCUUGUUUGGUUGUCCUUACAUAUUUAUUUAUUUAUUUAUUAAGACUUAAUUCUAUGCAAUUGAAUGUGCUAUAGUGGAUGGUAGAUUGUUUGCAGUCUGUACAUUUAUAGGGCUUUUCAAGCAACAAAAGAUAAAAAUUAAUUGGCAAACUAACCAACAAUAAUACAAACAGAGAAGUCCAUCCACUGGUGCAUUCAAUUGCAUAGAAGAUUUUGAGUUUGAAAAAAUAAAAGUAAACAAAAAAAAAACUAAAACAUAGCCAAACAAGGCCAUAAAUCGCCACUUCCAUAGAAAAGGUUUAGGGUGUCUUUCGUUUAUUACUGGUUGCUGAUUCAUUUUUCAUUUUUUCCCUAGUUUUGCUAUUCGUCUUGUAAAUGCAUAGUAUUAACUGUUUAUCUGCGAUAGAACGUUAUACACAGCCAUAUUCUCGCCUGAGAGAGCUUAGUUUUAGUUCAUUUCUAAAACUGUAGAUAGAUGUUACGGAGUUACAUGGUUAUUUAUCAAGGAAGGGUUGUUUUAUUAUUGAAUCUGCUCUGAGUUGAAUUGGAUUCUUACGUCUUGCAGCUUGAAAUUGCAAAUGAUUG